UCUUCUAUCCUUGGCAUCAGCAUAAUCACCAGAUCCUCUUCAGGCAAACGAUGGCUUCAGCGGUGACGUAUCUCUUGUGGACAUGUCACAGCUGAUGCUAGCGGCUGGCUGAAGAUGAACAGGUGACUUUGCCAAUGCUGGGGAGGAAGAAAACAAACCCUGGACUGGAAGAUGCAAAUGUGAGAACCAGCAUGGGGAACUGGAGUGGCGAGGAGCAGGUAAGAAUGAUCCCUUUAGUUGGAAGGCAGGCUGCUGGCACCCGUUAGAAGUUAUGUAUUCCCGAGCAACCCCUUUAAAGUAGCUUAUAAUGCCAACCGCAAGUAAGAAGAUAGUAAGGAGAAGCUGAAGGCUACUACUUGGCAGAGGGGACCAAUUGCUCUCAGGUUGUGGGGGCUUUAUGAGAUUCGGUGAUCUUGGGUUCCUCAGGAGAUUUCUGAAGGGGUUUUUCUAGUGUUUAGUGGAAGCCCUGAUAUUGAGACGGUUGGUUCUAUGGCUGCCGGUCAAAUCAUUAUGGCCAUCAUACUGGACGUCAGUCUUCCUGAUUUUUCCUGCACUGAUUUAUAUCCACGAGCAACAAACGAGAAACACAAAACAUCGCUUACAGAUGAUUGGACCUGGGCCAUAAUACCAUCCCCUAGUUUAGUGAUUUAACCUUUCCAUCCCUGGGGUUGCUUCUUAUUGGUUUCUAGAUGAAAUUCUAUGUGGGAAAGAAGUUGUCAAUGAUUUUUGCUUUCUUUCUGAUUCACCUUCCUGCUCUGACAUCUUUGUGUUUAUAAUCUCACAAUUUCUUGAGUCCUUUGUGGAUCUUUCAUUGUCCAGUCUCCACGUGCUAGGAAGUCCCAUUACAUGAUGUCCAUGCAUGAUCCCUGGUCAGUAAACUUCCACAGUCCUGGGGUCACCCAUAUCAGCCAGGGAUCAUGACUCCUGUUUGAUGUUCCUGCAUAUGGUGCCAGGGCUGGCUGUACCUGGGCACAUUACCCUGAUCUGCAGUGCCCAAGCCUCCAGGGACACUAAGACAGAAAUCCUUCUGCUCUCAGACCCUCCCCUCACUACAAACUGCAGCUGCUGCAGGAAAACUUCCAGACUGAUUGCUGGACAGGGGAGCAGACUUAUGUGCUAUGUGGAAAGUUCUAAGACAACCGAAAAUAACAGCUCUAGAUCCAAAGAAGGUGAUCCAGGACAUCAAGGUAUAAGGACUGGUCAGUCUGUGGGUCACACUGAAGGCAUCAAGGUGCAGGGACCAGUCAUUCUGUGGUCUACAGUCAUCAUCUACUCCACCAGCGACCUGGACCUAAGAUCUGUAUCUCAAAUCUGUACAAUGUGGACAGACGAUUGUACCCCCUGGAGGUAGCAGGACUCUGCCCCUGACAUCUCACAUAUUGUAGAUUAUUAUUAGAGCAUGAAAUCAGCAGAAUGUUGGCCCGGAAGAGCAUAAUACCUGAGGAAUAUGUUUUGGCCAGAAUUGCUGCAGAAAAUCUUCGGAAACCAAGAAUCCGUGACUGUCUGCGAAAAGCACGUUUUGUAGCAAAGAAUGGAGCAUGUAAUGUGGCACAUAAAAACAUCCGGGAACAAGGACGUUUUCUACAAGACGUGUUCACCACCCUGGUGGACCUGAAGUGGCGGCACACUCUGGUUAUCUUCACUAUGUCCUUUCUGUGCAGUUGGCUGUUGUUCGCCAUGAUGUGGUGGUUGGUGGCUUUCGCUCAUGGUGAUAUGGACAUCAGAGAGAAUAUAAUCAGACGGGAGCCAUGCGUCGCCAACGUUAAGUCAUUUACGGCUGCUUUUCUUUUUUCCAUUGAGGUGCAAGUGACUAUUGGAUUUGGUGGACGGAUGAUGACAGAAGAGUGCCCCCUCGCCAUCAGCCUCCUGAUUAUGCAAAACAUUGUUGGUUUGAUUGUCAACGCUGUCAUGCUGGGCUGCAUCUUCAUGAAAACAGCGCAGUCCCACCGCCGGGCUGAGACCCUGAUCUUCAGCCGCCAUGCUGUCAUAGCUGUGAGGAAUGGGAAGCUUUGCCUAAUGUUUCGGAUUGGUGACCUGCGUAAGAGCAUGAUCAUCAGCGCCUCUAUAAGGAUUCAAGUGGUCAGGAAAACAGUUACUCCAGAAGGCGAGGUAAUUCCUAUCCAUCAGAUUGACGUUCCUGUGGACAACUUUAUAGAGAGCAAUAAUAUUUUCUUGGUGGCACCACUGAUUGUCUGUCAUGUGAUAGACAAGAGGAGUCCACUAUAUGAUGUCUCAGCCUCCGACCUGUCUACACAGGACCUUGAGGUCAUUGUCAUCCUAGAAGGAGUGGUGGAGACCACAGGAAUCACGACCCAAGCCCGGACCUCCUACAUCACUGAGGAGAUCCUGUGGGGUCACCGCUUUGUGUCCAUUGUCUCAGAGGAGGAAGGCAUCUAUUCUGUGGACUACUCCAAAUUUGGCAACACAACUAAAGUGGCCACACCACGCUGCAGCGCCCGAGAACUGGACGAGAAGCCUUCCAUAUUAAUUCAGACCCUCCAGAAGAGUGAGUUGUCCCACCAGAAUUCCCUCAGAAAGCGCAACUCUAUGAGAAGGAACAACUCCAUGCGGCGCACCAACUCCAUGAGACGCAACAACUCAGGACUUAUCAUACCCAAAGUGCAAUUCAUGACCCCAGAGCAGAACAAGUCAUCAGGGGAGACAUGACAGAGACACCCCAUCCCCCUCUGCCUUCCACUACCCUUCUUUACCCCCCUUUGCCACAGUCAUCUGCUCUCACCCCCUAUCUCCACCCACGUCCACCCUCAUCAGCCUUUCUCCAUCUACCUCUUCUGCAUUCCUCUUCUGCCCUCCUCCACUUUACUCAGUCUUCCUACAUAUCCUUCAUCACCAACCUUAGUGCUCAUUUACAUCAGUGCUAUUAUUAUCAGGAUCUCUGUUUGAGGCUCUGCAUUGCAGAUGUUAACAAACCUUAACUCCACCUUCAUCUUAUUUCUCCCCACUUAACCUUUCUUUUCAUAUGUCUUCCUUUGCCCUCCACCUUUGCCUUCAUCCACUCUCCUCCAUUCUUCUCCACCUUUCUGUGUCCCUCCUCAUCUUCCGCAGUCCACCCACCAAUGCCCCCUACUCUGCAUUUCUUGGCCAUCCUCCACUGAACUCCUGCUCUCCUCCUCCAUCUCAUUUCUCUGCCCUUUUCUGUCUUCCUGUGCCCUCCUCUACCUUCCAAUCCACCUCUGUCUAUCUUUCUCCACUUUCCACCAUCUUGCUCCACCUUCCUCCACUUUCUCUGCUUUCCUUCUCCACUUUCCUCUGCCUUCCUCCACCCUUCUCUGUACCCCUUCACCCCUUAUCAUCUGAUAUAGUCCUCUCCUCUGCAAUCCAUUUCUUUUUCCACCCACCUCUGCUCUCCUGUUCUACCAUUAUUCAUGUUCCUCCACUCAACUCUACUCUUCUUCUCUACUCCCCUGCACCUAUCUGUGUCUUCCUUCUACUUCUAUUGAUCUCUUCCAACUUCCUCCACAUUUCUUUGCCCCCCUUAACUGCCUUUCUCUGCCAUCCUCCAACCUCCUCUGCUCUCCGUCACCACCCUAUGUCUUCCUCCUCCCAUCUCUGCCUGCCCUUCUUCUUUUUCCAUCUUUCUCUACAUUCCUUCACCCUCCUCUUUUCCCCUCUCUCUCUAUUUAUUGACUUGUAUACAACACUUGUUAUUACUUCUAGAAUUACACUUUUUUUUUUUACCUCUUGCACACAGUGAAUAAAAGCCUUAACCAGGGUCCUCUCUUGCACAUCCUACAUUGAAGCCCCCUAUGGACAUUACAUGGGGUAUGGUCUGAUGUCAAUGGACAACCUGAAUGACUGGAGCUUGCUCAUUUUUUCAUAAAUAUUUUACUCUGUGUAAUAGUGUUUUCUCAGUAUAAAAAAAAUAAAACUUUUGUUGCCUAGAAA